GACGCCUCUCAGCCGCUAGUGGGCGCCAGGCAGAGCUCCUCCAGAGGUCAGGCUGCUCGGUGGCGCGACGAUGGCAGCGCAACAUGGCCGCUAAAGGCAUCGACGACCGUACCUGCGGCACCGUGACCGGCUCCUUCGGACCCACGAUGAGAGCCGGGCCGGCCACGGUGACCGUGUCCGCGGUGAGCCUGGCGCUGAGCGCGCUCUCGCUGCUGCUGCUCGUGACCGCCAUCGGUACCGACCACUGGUACGAGACAGACACCCGCCGCCACAAGGACAACUGUGACCGGCACGGUUCUGACUCCAACGACCAGAAGAACCGCGAGAUGCCCAUCUACCACUUGCCCCUGGUGGACACGAGCACGCGCGAUGUGGCUCUCAUGAAGCCCGUGCACGUGGGCAGCAGAGAGGAGGAGCUCCUGGAAAACUGGCGCGCCAUCCUGGGAAUGGGCAUCCUGGAGACCGAGUGUGGCAGGCCGCUCUUUUCCACACAUUCUGGCCUAUGGAGGAAGUGCUACUUUCGCGGUGUCGAUGCCGACAUCGACAAGCUCAUCGACCGAGGUAUCGCAGAGCGCUGCACAGCGGUCAAGUAUCAUUUCUCUCAGCCAAUCCGGCUGAGGAACAUCCCUUUGAACCUGACCAGAACCAUCCAACAGGACGAGUGGCACCUGCUGCACCUACGGCGCAUUACGGCAGGCUUCCUAGGCAUGGCUGCGGCGGUCCUCCUGUGUGGAAGCAUUGUGACAUCAGUGGGCUUCUUCUGGGAGGGCAGUCUGACACAGCACGUGUCUGGACUUCUCUUCCUCAUGGCAGGGAUCUUCUGCACCAUCUCUCUGUGCACCUACGCCGCUAGCGUGACCUACGACCUUUCCAGGAACCCUCCCUUCAUCUACGGGCUUCCAGAUGACGUGGAUCACGGUUAUGGCUGGUCCAUCCGCUGUGCCUGGGCCAGUCUGGGUCUCAGCGUGGCAUCCGGUUUCCUUGGCGCCACCUUCCCCUUUCUGAGCCGCUCGGGACACCUGCGCUCCAAAGCAGUGCGUGCGUCGUCUGUCUGAUCCGGUAUCUUGACGGAGUUCUCCUGCGUGGUCUGCCGGCCGGCCCACUGUUGACAUGAAGUGUUUCUCUGGAGGCCCAACAGCGCCCUCUGCAGAGUGUGGUGCACUAAUACCAAUACGUGAAAUAGUUAAGAAGCUUUUCUUUUGUUUGCACGGUUGUCAUGGUAACGUCAAGUCCUGCUACUGAACCAUACAGAACUAGCCAUUCGCCUGAUGGGAGUACCGCAGUGUUAUUGCGCCUUCGCCUUCUUAUAAGUGUGUGAGUGUGUGUGUGUGUGUGUGUGUGUGUGUGUGCUCAGAGACAACACAGAAACAAUUAUAAAUAUGAAGACAAAACUGUAAAUAUUGUUUGAUCACAUACGGGGACGUGGCACAUUCGAAGUGGGUGUCAUCAGGAAGUGUGAACUUAUCUGUUCUUGAUCUUAUUUGAUGCUCAAAUAGUGUGCAUGACAUGCAUACAAGCAGUUACCAUGACAAUGCAGCACCUUUAAUCUGUCUUACACCAUCAUGCCUCUUAAAGAGACAGUAUGCCAUUAAGUCAAAAUGUUGACGAAGUGGAUUCCUGUUCAGGUUAAGAGUGAGCUACAGGUGGGUCACAGCUAUUAUUGUUACUAGUAUUGGUAUUUACUCCUGGUACAACCCCCCGCCCUCACCCACGGAAGCCCUCUUGUCCUGAAGCCACUGCGCCCUCUAUUGAAUGAAGCAUCUGAUGUAAAUAAACGAUGAAGAAACUUGGACAAAACAAACUGAUUGUAUUUCUCUGCUUAUUUCAGACAAGUUAUUGUCAUUCAUUAUUGUAAAUAAUAAUGGCUAUAAAUGUUUAUUUUAAAUUGAUGAUCAACACUGACUGGUUCUCAGGCCUGACUGAGCACAGUGGUCAGUUCCUUUAUUGCACCAGUAAUCAAUAAAUGGUUUUAUGUUCGGA